GGCAACAAUUUUCCAUACUUCAACAUUUUGCUAUUCACGGGGAGAUAUUGUGUGAAAAAAAAUAUUGUUUCAUGAAAAAUAAAUAUAAAUUGAAUGAAAUACACAUUGAGAAUCGUUAACCGAAAACUGUUCUUGAUUUACUGCUAAUGCAAGAAGACAAGGAUUACAUAAAAAUAGAAGAAACAACAAAAAUAUAAAAAGCGCAAUAAUAAAAUUAUAUCAAAUAUGGCGGGUACAAGACGCGCUCGUAAUAAUGCCAAUUCAGUGGUCAUACCCCGUCAGAACUCGGUGUCUGACAAUGGAAGGACCCGUCAGAACCUUAGUCCUGAGGCAUUAGCAGCUAUGAAUAAGGAACAGCUUCGAGCCGAGUGCAGGAAAAGGGGCCAGCGGGCUACGGGCAACAAAAACGAGCUGCUCGCCCGUCUCGGGUACUACAAACUGGCGGCGGCGGUGCAGACUGACACCGACCAGCGCCCGCGCAACGGACUCCAUCAUCCGCAUCCUAAGGAGAUCAGCAGAAACAAAAACACAACAAUGGACAGUGAGAGCCUGGUGCUAUGGAGGCGGCCCCUCACCACACUAGAGUACUUCUUCAAGGAACUGAUCAUAUUGAUCUCCACAGGAUUACAGAGGUUAUUAGCGUACAGACUGUUGGCGCUAAGUAUAUUUGUAGCAAUAUUAAGCACAGUUGUAUCUUACUACGUAAGCGGGCCACAUCAGCCUUAUGUACAGGUGGUAGUAGCAAGCCUAGCAUGGUGGGGCUGGUGGGUGGUGCUGGGGGUGUGCAGCUCGGUGGGGCUGGGCACGGGGCUGCACACGUUCCUGCUGUACCUCGGCCCGCACAUCGCGCGCGUCACGCUCGCCGCAUACGAGUGCGGCGGGCUCAACUUCCCCGAGCCGCCGUAUCCUAACGACAUAAUAUGUCCCACAAACAUCGACCCAAACAACCCAGUGACGAUAUGGAACAUAAUGUCCAAAGUCCGCAUCGAGUCCAUGAUGUGGGGCAUAGGCACGGCUCUAGGGGAGCUGCCGCCGUACUUCAUGGCCAGGGCCGCCCGCCUGUCCGGAGGCGGAGUUGCCGAGUUAGCUGCUAAUGAUGACUCUAGGACUGGCAGAGCAAAAAUAAUGGUCCAAAAGCUAGUCCAGAAAGUAGGCUUCGCAGGCAUAUUGGCCUGUGCCUCAGUGCCCAACCCACUGUUUGACCUCGCGGGACUGACUUGUGGGCACUUCCUCGUGCCUUUCUGGACUUUCUUCGGAGCCACAGUCCUGGGCAAAGCGGUUAUAAAGAUGCAUAUACAGAAGAUGUUCGUUAUUAUUGCGUUCAAUGAGACUUUGGUUGGCCAAGUCCUUUCCUGGGUAGAAAGGAUACCCUACAUCGGGCCAAAACUAGAAGCGCCUUUACUAGAAUUCCUCCGAAAUCAAAAGGCCCGUUUACACAAAAACGACGCCUCAACGCCUUUGGAGAACCAGGGCUCGGUCUUAUCGAGUCUUUUAGAGAAAUUUGUACUAGCCAUGGUGGUUUACUUCGUAGUGUCGAUAGUGAAUGCGCUCGCACAGAAUUAUAGUAAGCGUGUGGGGAAGAAGAAGGGGAAGAAAAGGGAAUAGGGACUGCGGGGGACGGCCGACGCUCAAUGUGCUAUCGCGCGGCGGCGGGCAUCAGACCGCCUGCGCCGGCGUCGGUAGUAGCGACACUACACGCGGCACUACGCGUUACACCUUACAUGACACACUACACGUUACGAGAUACGCGGUACAUGCUGCGAGAUACGUGUUACAUGCUGCAGCAAACGUUACGUGAUACGUGUUACUUGCUGCGUCACUUGAUGCAUGCUACAUGUUACGUUGAGCUCCUUAUUCAUGGUAAACUUUUAGCUACAGUUGAUUAAUAUUGUUCUUGAACAACAUGAAGCUGGAUACAGAAGUACUUUGUAACUCUGUAAUACGCAAUAAAUAGAAGUUUACUGUGAAUACGGGGCUUAACGUGUGAUGCGUAAAUGUUGCAUGUAACACGUUACGCGCCGUAACAUCUGUCUACCGUUCUCUGGCGUUCACCUUAACUUAAAUAUUGUAUUGUGCAUACAUAAAUAAAUAAAAGCUUGUCUAUAACAUAAAAUGGCUGGGCAUUUUGUGGAAUAAAAUUUGCAAAUAAGAUAACAAAAAGAGCUAUUAAUAUUACCAAAGAGACGCCAUUUAAAAGGACGGUAGAUACACCAAUAUAUUAUGUACAUAAAUAUACUAUUGAAGUAAGGUGCAUAAAAAACACCAGAUUGAACCGAAAUUCUAAAUAAAAUGGAUAUUUUGCAGUGUUACAGUCGUUAAACCAUAAUGUCACUAAUUUGGGCAGUUUUUAGUGUUAUCAGUAAUUUUAUGGUCAGGCUUAUAAUAAUUAACUUAUGGAUAUUUUUUGGGAACCUCAAAUAAAAACAUAAUUAACGAGAAAAUAAUUUUGAAAUUUGAUUAAGAACUUAAAUAAGGAUAAAAUGACAACCGCAUUGUUUACGUCAUGUCAAUAAUUUUUCACUACAAAAAGGAGAAGUUAUAGUUCCCAAAAAGCUAAAUAUUCCACAAUAAAAACUCUUUUACAAGCAUAAGUAUACAAACAGCUAUCGCCCGACCUUAUAGCUCUUGCCUUAACAACAAUAAUGUACAUAUAUAGGUAAUAUAUCAUAAAUAUAAAAUAUAAAAAUAGCUAAAAUAAGACCAUUUUACUGAGGUAGGUAACGAGUGACUAGAUUAUAGUUUAGGUGCUCAAUUUAACCAAUAAUACCGGGCUGUCAAAUAAUGGCGGGAAAUGACGCCAUCUUUUCUCGAAAUGUUUUUUUUUUAUCGAUAGAAUAAAAGGUAAUUGUUCUUGCUUAGUUUUUUUUUCUGGACAGUUGUAAAAGUAUCGUAGUUUUAAAAAGUGAGGCAUGCCUUUUAUAGUUCUUUUUAAAAAUUGAAAGUCAAGCAUUUUACCAAGAAAUUCGAGUAAUCUUUUUUUUAAUAGUUCAAAAUUACCAUUUUAUGUGAUGUUAUUGAUUCCAAAAAAAUAUCUUUUGGUGCUGUUCCUAAUUUAAUUGAAUGUCUCCGUUAUUUUGAUUUAGGUUUUUUACCUAUUAUAUAGGAUAUAUUAUAUUACUAUGUUUUUAUUUAUUCGUUUUCCACAUAAUUAUUAUUACCUAUCGUUUGCUUUGUAUUUACGCAGACUCAAUGUCGACUAGACAUUUUAUUCGACAGAAAAUUAAAAAACAUUUUAGUAUAUUUUAUUUUCAACAAAUAUUUUUUUGGGAAAUAAUUUUAUAUCAAAAUGUAUUUAAUUCUGUCACAAUGUCUAGUAAAUUGAGCCUCUAUUAAUAUAAGAAUUUAACGUAUGAAAGACAUUUUUGUAUCUCGUGUAUAAAAAAAGAUGAUUAAUGUUAAGUAGGUGAAUUAUGUCCAGUAUUAAAAUUAAGGAUUUUUUAAUUAAUUAUAAUAGGAAUGAAUUCAUCGUGUAAGGUUUCUGUGGUCGCAUUCCUUCUAUGUAGACACUUAAAUUACCGUUUGAUAUAAAUGUUUUCAAUUUUAAAUGAUUAUAGUUAAUAUUGGGUUUGUGGAUUGCAAAUUAUUAUUUUACCUAUUCCAUAUUCUCAUUUUUCACAGUACCUAAAUAUGUGUACGUUUGAUUUUUUUCUAUUAAUAAUACUCUUGUAAACUUUUUUAUCAAAGUUCAUUUCAAUAAUUCUAUAAAUAAUUUUAAAGACAUCUAUUUAAUUUCAAAUAAUUUGCAUUUCACACAAACCUCUAAAUAAAAAUGUGAGUAAAAGUUUUAUGAAUUAAAAAUAGCAGUGUGCAAAUCUUAUCUAUUGUCUAUUCUAUAACUGUAGUUUUGUGAAUUAGAUAUAUUGUGUAGGUGUCAGAUUCUGCUAAUAUUUGUUCUUAGAUUUUAAAUUAAUUUAUUAUUACACGCUGUGGUAGCUUUUACAAUACUUCUGUCACAUGUAGAAAGGGUUUUUUUGUGUUUUAAAUUUCGAAAUUUCCUCUAAAAAUUGGCAUUUAUGGCCCAAGACCAAGUGAUUCAUCUUCAGGCCCAUAACCAUUGCGCACAAUAAAAAAUAAAUAGAAAUGAUUAAAAAUACAAUUCUAAAUGUGCUUCGUAAUUUUAACAUUAACUAAAAUAUAACCAUGGUGCCAAAUACAGAGUAAUUAUGUAGUUAAUGUUAACAACAACAUUGAUAACUAUAGUAAACCAUGUUUUUCACUUUAGUGAUACUGAUACCACUAGGUUUUAGCAGAAUUUGAACCUAAAAUUAAACUCUAGUGACAUUCAUUUAAAAUUGUUCUUGAUUUUUUUAUAGUUUAUUUUAAAAUCUACAUUCUGUUUAAGUAUGCUUUUGCUACAUUCCACAUUAUUCUAGUUUUCUAACUUUGCUGUGAAACAAAAUUUAAUUUUGUGAACUUCCUGUCUUCUUUCAAGUAAUUGGCUGUAAACAGGGUAGGCUUUACUGAGCCGGAUAGUAAAGUUAAUUAUAUUUGUUCAAACAAGCCUUGAAAAGUUAAAAAUAAUUCAAUAUGAAAUCUCCUUAGUGAUUAUCACUGCCAUAGAUAACACAAAAAUGUAAUAACAUUAUUGCAAAAAAUAUUUAAUUUACAACAGUGAUUACAGAAAAUUUUUGUUAGUUUAUUAAUAAAUAAAUGUUUUUUUGUCCUAAAGUUGUAUAUAAAGAGAAUGUAUUCGUAUAUAUCGUAGUUUGUACAGUCAUGUGGAGUGGUACAUUAGUACAAAAUAUUGCUUUUUUUGUAAGUUUGAGGUUUCAUACUCACAAAGCAAUAAAUGAAUGUUCACGA